CCACAUAUACCUCUUCAAUCCAACUCAAAUCCAACAUUAAUGGAGUCUCGUUUACUCGCCGCCGCCGCCGGAGGCAUUCCCUUACUGAGAAAGCCGACAUUCUUCGCCACCGCCAAACCAAUCGGACAUGUCGGUGACGGCGGAAACCUCAUAUGGGGAAGACAACUCCGACCCACAAUUCUCCUCGACACUUCUCCACUCAUCACUAAAUAUCAUCCACUCACAAAGCGCGAGAUUCUCAGGCCCGUCUUCGCCGCCGCCGCAUCGUCUCCGGCUGACUCUUCCGGGAAUGCCAAAGUCGGGUUCUUUGAUAAGAAUCCAGCCAUUGUUACCGGUUCUUUCUUCUUUAUGUGGUACUUCCUCAAUGUGAUAUUCAACAUACUUAACAAGAAGAUCUACAAUUACUUCCCUUAUCCUUACUUUGUGUCUGUCAUACAUUUGUUUGUGGGUGUUGUCUACUGUUUAGCUAGCUGGUCUGUUGGUCUUCCUAAACGCGCUCCAAUUGAUUCAAACCUCCUUAAGAUGCUGAUUCCGGUAGCUGUUUGUCAUGCAUUAGGCCAUGUCAUGAGCAAUGUCUCAUUUGCAGCUGUCGCUGUCUCGUUUACUCACACAGUUAAAGCCUUGGAGCCUUUCUUCAAUGCUGCUGCUUCUCAAUUCAUUCUUGGACAGCCAAUACCCUGGACCUUAUGGCUUUCACUUGCUCCAGUUGUUAUUGGUGUAUCGAUGGCUUCAUUGACGGAGCUAUCUUUCAACUGGUUGGGUUUUACAAGCGCAAUGAUUUCGAACAUUUCCUUCACUUACAGGAGUUUAUUCUCUAAGAAAGCCAUGACUGAAAUGGAUAGUACUAACGUGUACGCGUACAUUACCAUUAUUGCACUCAUCGUUUGCAUUCCACCCGCAAUCAUUGUGGAGGGACCUCAACUUAUUAAGUAUGGAUUCAAUGAUGCUAUUGCGAAAGUUGGUUUGACAAAGUUUAUCACGGAUUUGUUCUUGGUGGGGUUGUUCUAUCACUUGUACAAUCAGUUGGCGACAAACACUUUGGAGAGGGUGGCACCUCUUACGCACGCGGUUGGGAACGUGUUGAAGCGAGUUUUUGUGAUUGGUUUCUCGAUUUUGGUGUUUGGUAACACGAUUUCAUUGCAAACUGGAAUUGGGACUUCAAUUGCAAUAGCUGGAGUGGCACUCUAUUCACUUAUUAAGGCUCAAUUGCAAGAGGAGAAGAAGAAAAAGUAAGAAUGGCAUGCAUGGAGAGAGGGUCCGGUUGAUGUAAAUUUUAUUUAUUUAUUUUUGUUCUCUCUAUAUAUUAAUAUAUAGAGCUUCUGUUUUUGUUUCCUUUUCUUUUAUUAAAUCCCAACUCAUGCUGACUUAUAAACAAUUUAUAAGAAUAGUUUUAUAUAAUCAUUACCCACUAUCACGGUGAUUCGGAUU